GGAGCUGCAGCCCCGCAGCACGUUCAUAUUGACGGUCCAGCCGAGAGGAAACCACGAACCGCCGCUGAGGGACGUGGCUGGGCUCCGUAGUGCUCCGCGGUAGUAGGGCACGUUUCUGCUCUUCCUACGCCGCCGGAGGAGAAAAAAAAAGUCCCUGCGCAUUCCUCCACGCAGAGAGCCCGAGAGGGAGAGCAGCCCACGGGGGGAGAAGGAGCUCUGGAAGCGGCCUCUUCACACGGUGGACCCGCCGGGGCUGGUGGCGGGUGUUCGGGCUCCAUCCGGUCGCACCGGCGCUUGGAUGAAUAAUUCCCGGUCCCUCGGUCCGAGGCUCGCGCUGCGAAAACCCACCGACAGCCGGCUGCGUCCGACGCCGCCGGAGCUCCCGGCCCCCACGGUGGACUAGAACCCGAAAACAACACGACCAACCCCGAGUCAACACGGGGCCUGAGGUGGAGGGGAGAGAAACCUGUAUUUGAUAACACUGUGGUGGUGGUGUGGGAGCUGCUCUGUGGCGCAGAGCCCCGUCAGGCAUGUUGCCGAGUCGGUGGGGGAGGAGAGACGGAGCCCACUGUACCUCGACGCCGAUCCAGUGUCACUCCACUCUCGGGUCUAUUUUAUGAUCCCAUCCACGAAGCACAAUUGGACACUUUUGUCUCCGCAGCAUCGCCCAACCUCGUCCACUGUUGGUGUGUUAUUUGACGGGAUGAUGCUUCAGCCUUACACACGCGAAUCUAUCUCAGCAGCCUGACUUUCUGUUUCUCUAUUUGUUACCUCAAAAAAACUCUCUGUGGAGAAGUGGCUGCCUGCCUGCUUUGCAUCAGGUCAGAGUUACAUAAUACAGACGCGGGAUCUGUAUGUCGUUUAGCACCGUUUUCACUUUCAAGCUGACUUUAAUACCUCAUGAAUCUACCUCAAUCUGCACAUUGUUUACUACCCGACGGGCCGCUGUGUCCUCGCAUGAAUACCUCAUUUUCGUCGCUGCGCAUGUUUUAAACUGAGCCCGUGUUACGGUAACGCUGCUGCAGAUGGCUUCGUUUCCAGACUCGGACCUGCAGACGUGCCCGCUCUGCAAGGAGCUGUGCGGCUCCUCGGCUCCCAUCUCCUCCAGCUCUUCUACCUCCUCCUCCUCCUCGCACACUUCGUCCUCCUCCAGCCAGACCACCAGGAGACUGCACGUCCUGCCCUGCCUCCACGCCUUCUGCAGGCAGUGCCUCGAGGGCCAGCGCAGUCCCGGGGACCCGCUGAAGCUGCGGUGCCCCACCUGCGACCAGAAGGUGUCCAUCUCCGAGGCCGGCGUGGACUCCCUGCCUUCCUCCAACUUCCUCUUCAGCAACCUGUUGGACGUGGUGGUGAGCUCCGAGGAGCAGAUCCAGAACAAGAACGGCCACCACCACCACAAUCACCACCACCGAGGAGGCCUAGGUGUGGGCUCGUCUGGCUUCCAUCUUCCCCAACGAGGCCUGCUGCAUCCACACCACCUGGGUGAGCCUCAGUGCAGCUCCUGUGAUGAGGAGAACCCAGCCACCUCCCACUGCCUUGACUGCCAGGAAUACCUGUGUGACAACUGUGUGCGGGCACACCAGCGGGUGAGGCUGACCAAGGACCACUUCAUCGAGCGCCUGGGAGAGAGCCUCCUCCUGGGCCGGGUCAACGCCAACAGCAACCCGGGCCAGCCAGGGGUGUCCGUGUCCCUCGCCCAGUCCCUGCAGAACAACUUUGCCCUGCUGUCCCUCUUCCAGGACCGCAUGAGCUUCUGUCAACACCACGACAAUGAGGUGUUCCUGUUCUUCUGCGAAACCUGCUCGGUGCCUAUCUGCAGGGAGUGCAGUGUGGGCCGUCACAUGGGCCACACCUUUGUUUACCUGCAAGACGCCGUGCAGGACUGCAGAGCCAUCACCAUCCAGCUGCUGGCAGAUGCAGAACAAGGACGACAGGCUGUGCAGCUGAGCAUGGAGAAGGUCCAGGCCAUGGCAGAGCAAGUGGAGAUAAAGGCAAAGGUGGUGCAGACAGAGGUGAAGGCACUCGUCCUGAGACACAGGAAAGCGCUGGAGGAGAGGGAGUGUGAACUACUGUGGAAGGUAGAGAAGAUCCGUCAGGUGAAGGCCAAGUCUCUGUACCUGCAAGUGGAGAAGCUGCACCAGAGUCUGACCAAGUUGGACAGCACCAUCGCUGCCGUCAGCCAGGUGCUGGAUGAGGGCCACCACCUCGACGUGCUGCUGGCUAGGGAGCGAAUGCUCACCCAGAUCCAUGAGCUCAAGGCCCUCAGGGGCCUGCUUCAGCCGCAAGAGGACGACCGCUUCAUGUUUACUCCUCCAGACCAGGCUCUGUACAUAGCCACCCAGUCCAUGGGUCUCAUCAGUAGUGGAGCCUUUGCCCCGGUCACCAAAGCCCACGGGGAGGGUCUGAAGAGUGCGCUUCGUGGCAAGCCUGCCUCCUUUACUGUGAUUGGAUAUGACCAUGAUGGCGAGCCACGUCUCUCUGGUGGUGACACGGUGUCUUCAAUAGUCAUGUCAGUUGGCGAUGGCAACCUGUCUGCAGCAGAGGUAACGGACCACCAGAAUGGCUCGUACACCGUCGGCUACGUACCCAAGUGUGAAGGGGAGCUCCUUGUUUCAGUGCUGGUGUGUAACCAGCACAUCCAGGGCAGCCCCUUUAAGGUGAUCGUGAAGUCGGGGCGCAGCUAUGGGUCCCUUGGUUCACAAGUCGCAGCCUUCGGGUGUGAGGGGGAAGGAGACGGUCAGCUCUGUCGUCCCUGGGGCAUCAGCGUGGACAAGGAGGGCUACGUGGUGGUGGCUGAUCGCAGCAACAACCGCAUACAGAUAUACAAGCCUUGUGGUGCCUUCCACCAUAAGUUUGGCUCUCUGGGUUCUCGGCCUGGUCAGUUUGAUCGUCCAGCCGGGGUUGCAUGUGACAGUCAGAGACGAAUCAUUGUGGCUGAUAAGGACAAUCACCGUGUACAGGUGUUUACUUUUGAGGGCCAGUUCCUGCUCAAGUUUGGGGAAAAGGGUACCAAGAAUGGGCAGUUCAAUUAUCCCUGGGAUGUGGCUGUCAACUCUGAGGGUAAGAUCCUGGUCUCCGACACCAGGAACCACCGCGUGCAGCUCUUCGCCCCCGACGGGUCCUUCCUCAACAAGUACGGCUUUGAAGGGGCCCUGUGGAAACACUUUGACUCUCCCAGAGGAGUGGCCUUUAACCACGAAGACCACCUGGUGGUGACCGACUUCAACAACCACCGGCUCCUGGUCAUCCGGCCUGACUGCCAGUCGGCUCGCUUUCUGGGCUCCGAGGGCACAGGGAACGGGCAGUUCCUGCGGCCCCAGGGUGUCGCCGUGGACCAGGAGAACCGCAUCAUCGUAGCCGACUCCCGCAACCACAGAGUCCAAGUGUUCGAGCCCAAUGGAAACUUCUUAUGCAAAUUUGGCACCCAGGGGAGCGGCUUUGGACAGAUGGAUCGCCCCUCCGGUGUGGCUGUGACGCCUGACGGAGUCAUUGUGGUUGUUGACUUUGGAAAUAAUCGCAUUCUCAAAUUCUAAAAAAAAGAGUUUAUUUUUGCAUUCUCUCCCCCCGUUUGUCCUUGCAGCUUUUUCAAUGAAGGAAAUGGAGGCGAGGGAAUGAAUCAACUGUCAGAACAGGAGGAGAGCUUAGAGAGGACUGAGAGCAUGUUGAAAUGAAGGGAAAAUAAAACUAUAGAUUUUUUUUUUUUCAUUUUCAUUGAUAUUUUCCAAAUCAGAUAUCUGUGGUUUGUAUGACAAAGGGGACCUCUACAAAUUGAUAAUCAGUAGACAAAGAGCCAUAUUUCCCUUCGUCGCUCUCAACUGCUCUGAGUUCUUCCUGUUAGCUCUCCUUACGUAUCCAUCUCAGGGAAUUUCUCACUUUUCUUGAAAUCUUACACCCUCUGCUCCACACCUACCUCAUUUAGCUCUUUAUGAAUGUACUCAUAGUCACUGAGCAGAGGUUUUAGUCCGUGAAGUUUUACAAAGAAGAAAAGUCUAACUCUAUAGUUUGUUAUUUAAGAGAGACAAAAAAAGAAUAGACUCUUCAGUUGAUAUUUGCACAGGAUUAAUGGAAUUCUUGCUGUGCAUUUUGAAAUAUGAGUUAAAGUGAACCUCCUGAAUGUUGUUGCUGAGACAAUACUCAGACCACUGUAGAGGCUGCAUGAUUUAUUCUCAUUAGACGGCUUCGCUUGGAGGGGAAAUUAGGGUACAGUAGUGUCCUUUUCAUGUUUUAGGCUUGUUAAUUUUUCGCUUGUGCAUCAAUCCUUGUCUCUCUGUGGCUCUGUGGAGUUUGUUGUGUCAUGAUAGCCGAAGAGUGUCAGAAGCGAUGCCAAACUUGAUAGAAUCAAAAUUAGCUCAGGUCAUUGUAGGACUGAUUAGAAUGAUCAGUACUUUUCAGGCUCUCCCUCUAGCUUUACUUGCUACUUUAUUGAUUCACGAGAAUAUAGAGUUUUGGGAAGCAUCUUCAAAAUGAUCCAUCAGAUCCCCAAAAUUAGCCCUGUAAUAAAAUUACCUAAAAUAGCUUUAGCAUCCAUACACCGCCCCACCCCAACCGUGUCUUGUAAGAUUGGAUGAAUUCUGGUCUUUAUAAAGUAAGACAACCUGUGCUCUCCAGACAGUUGCAUGAACAACGAUGAUGCAAAGACUCGUAUGCAAGGAGAGCAGCAUCUCCUCCGAAAGCGAGGACCCACCAAAGGGUUUUGGAGAAAAAUCUUCCAAGAUCUGUUAGUGAUCUUAGCAUAGAGAUUUAAUCAUAUUAUUGAAUGACACCUUUUUGAUGAGGCAUGCUGUGUAACAAAAGCCUCAGAUGAAGACGUCUAAUUUGGCCGUCCAGAGGACAUUAAUGACAUCAAAUCACAGAGCUAACAUUACAGUCCUCUGGAUUCAGAUAGUGGUUGAAAGCCACCUCUCGUUAGCUCCUGGGGUCUGUAGUCCAGCCCUAUGAGGAGGGCACCAUCGUGAAGCCCUGCCCUAUUUAUUGAUGCCUGGAGCUGUGAAGACAUCUCCAGAUUCAACGCUAGUUGACGGAUUCCUCUAAAGAUGAAGGUCUAAAGACCAAAUAUUAUAGUCAACCAAAGUUAGAAUUUCUGCACAUUGGCGAACUCUAGAUUUAGCUAUUUAAUAAACAAAUCCUCCCCUUUAAAAACAUUUUCUUGAAUAAUCAUUGUUGCUGGGAAGUCUAAAGUUCACAAAAGUCAGUUGUGAGUUCAUAGCACUGUCCAUGUUAGGCUUAGAUGGAUAAAGUGUACUUGGGGCAAAGUCUAUUGUGCAUGAGUACUUGCACAUCCUGCAGAGACCAAGACCCUCGCUGUUUGAGGCAGGGUUUGAAAAGAAGACUCUUGUCGUCCGUCUGCAGAGAUGUUCGAGUACAGUACAGAGGAAAACUGCACCAAAGAGAACACCUUUCUUCCCUCUCGCAUUUAUCGCAUCAGCCAUCAAAUGAUGCCCCUGUUUUAUUAGUUUUAGACGGCCUGAGGGCUCAAAGUAGAACCUUUCAUUAGCCUUUAUAUCCCUGUCUAAUUUCCAUAGAAACAAAUAGAUUCUAAGUCUUUGUUGUGAAAGCAUUGUGGGUUUUUGAAUCCCCUUCCCCUCUGUGUCUCGCUGGAAGCACUAAGACAAUUAAGGAUCUGUUAGCCACUUCCUUAGCCUGGCACAGAAUCCUGGGACCCAUGAAAAGAGUCACUGACCGGCUCUCGCCUCUGAGGAGAGGGCCUGUGUGCACAUGAUCAGGAUUUACAUCCUCAUAUCUCAGAUAUCCUUUUCCCUUAACACAUGUUGAACCUCCUCUUGUAUACCUCAACUCCUGAAUACCUCAAAUAUGUCACACAUAGCUACUGUGCAUUUAAACAUUCAAAUACCUCAACUUGUUACUCUCAUUCUGAAUACCUCAUUGCUCUUUAUUUAAGCAUACCUCGUCAGAUAUUUAUGCAUUACAAAUAUACCUCAUUCUUUGAAUCUUCUUGUGUUACAGUGCAGUAUGUGUCUCAUAGCUCUAGGACCAAAGAUCAUGGUACUGUUCCGAGUCCAAAUUAAAACUUGUGUUAUGUUCAUCACUCCACCUGGCAGCCGUUAACAGCUUUUGGUUUGCCGAAUCUACUGUAAAAUGCCUGGUAAAACUCUGCCUUUUUAUCACCAAGAAACCAAAUAUUUCAGAUGGAAGUGUUGUGCCAAAAUGAUCCGGGAGACUUCUGUGCCAAACAGGGCUGGCAUUUGGACCACACUGUUUGUAGAACGACAAAUGUCACUGGACCAUUAUAUCAUAGAUACAAAUGUAAAAUCAGAGCACCCGAGGACCAAUCCUCGCUCUCCUGACUGGAUGCGCUUAACAGGGCUGGGCCCCAUUUAUCUUAGGCUCAUUAUCAUGAUGAUGAUGAAGAACAUGCAGAUUACAUUUGUAUUUUGUUACUGUGUACAAGGGGUGAGGGGAAGAGGAAACUGCCUCUUUUAAAGAGUUAAGAACUUAAAAUGCACAACCACGACCUCUAAUUUCAGCACAAUUAACCAAUAUUUCAGCUCUGACUGUAAAAUGCUUGGUGAUGCAUGUUGAGGACUUGGAGACAAGUCUGAACUCAGCCUCUGACUGGUGUUAACAAACACGUCAGAGGAUUUACACAGGCUGGAUUGUUAUUUAAGUCGAGCUAUUAGCACAUUGAUGGGGAUCCAGUUCCAGUCGAGAGACCCUGCUGCUUUGAACCCAACACCUAGUUUCAUCAGUAAGAUUAGUUUUUUUGCUUUUCAGUGUUAUUCAGUGAAGUGUUCAUUCAUGUUGCAUCAGUUUUUAAUUAAGAUUGCAGAAUUCUAUCUUUAAGAUCUUUAGGUCUUCACUCUUAAAGAGAAAAAAAAAAUGUAUUUUAAACCUUUAUUUUGUUUUUCAUUUUGUUGCAUGCUUUAAAAAAAGUCCUUGUAUUAUACUGACGUCUCUCAGAUAGGUGUUGAAAAACUCAGAUGGGGUGGGAAGCUGACUAUUGGGAUGAUUUUACCAAAAUAUAUACCCAAAGAUGUAUAUGUGUGUGUUGCUAUUGCUUUGGAUGGAAUUAACCUUUGACCUUGGCGAUUGUACUUCCGGUUCUCUAGAGGCUCUGUAGAGCACAACCUGUAAAGCCAGCCACGCCUCAAUUCCUGAGCAGCAGCAGAGGCAGAUUUUUGAGAUGCAGAAGGCUGGUCUGCCCCUCAAACACUAGUGCUUCAUUUCCUUUAACUCCCUUCUAAAUGUGGAGGAUGGAUAAAUGAACAUAUAGUCCUUUCACACUCAAGCUCUGUAUUGUACGGAGGAUCUGAAAGCUUCCUGCCGAGUGUAGAUUUACUUUUCCAACAAUGAUGAAUCCAGAAGGCAGCCAUUUUGUGCGUGGAUCAGUCGUGGGAACUCUCGCUGUCAUGUGAGAAGCAACUAGGACUCUCCAGUACAAACUAUCAGCUCCCCUCCUCAUCUUUAUAAAAGUCCAGGAUGUGUGGCGAUGGCUGCUGAGCAUGUGAUUGGCUGACUGCAGUCCACUCCUGCAUUUUUUGAUCGGGCCCCUGUGGUUUAUGUCCACUAUUUUAUAUUUUGCCUCUCACAGUUUAAAGAGCGAGGGGGAAAAAAGCCGAGUUCAAGAUCGUAGCCCUCCUUUUAAUGAUUGUGUAUUGGAAAAUGAGAGAGAUAGAGAGAAAGAAAAAAAAAUGUUUGAAAUUUUAGAAAGGAAAAAAUAAAACUCAGGUAGUUCUCAGCAGCCCUGCUCUGCAGGUGUCUCAUUGAAACGUGUCCCGUAGUGAUGAA